GUAUAUAUAGUUAGCAAUCUAGUUUAUUAUAUAAUACUGUGAGAUGAGAUGAGUUCUUCCAAAUUUGAUAAGGAUUAGAUAAGAAGUUGGAAUCGAGCAUGUUUUCUGCCACAAUGGUACCACAGAUUAUCUGAAAAACUUUUCAUAUAAUCUGUGAUAGACGAUAGUACAAAGUACACGCUAUAUACCCACAAUGAGAAAUGUGUUAUGUGAAUGUGUUUUUAUUUUUAUUAUUGUGUGUUACACCCUUCGUUCUUACUCCUCAGUUCGUUCAAAUAAAUGUUAAGGUGUAAUAAUAAUAACCUCAUAGGCCGUGAAUAAAUCUACAUUCGUGACUCGUGAAUAAUGAAUUGUGAAAUGUUAAUACCUAUGUGAUAAACUCAUUGGUUGUAAAUUACAAUACAUGUUAAUUGAUAACACAUUAUUAAUUAAGAAUUAACAUAGAACGCGAACUUUGAUACAAAAAAAUGUUAUCCAAAUGAAUAAUGUAAUACUAAUUGUAUACAUUAUAUUAGAUGUUUAUUAUAAAAAGCUAUUAAGCUUUGUACAGAUAACUAUUUCUUAAUAGACCGAUAAUAAUUAAUUUCACCAACUAGCAUACUAAUAAUUUCUGUCUAUUAAUUUUGAAAAAAUGAAUCAUACCAACAAACAAUCAAAACCAUGGCAACAAAGAAAUGCCAAAAAGAGGUCUAUAUCGCCUGGUGGAAGAGUUCAUAAUAAAAAAAAAAAGUUAAUUUCUGACAAUGUUGACCUUACUACCAAAGUCAGUUCAGAAUUAAAAAUUGCUUUAAAUAGUUUUAAACUAAGUCACAUAAAUAUUGAAGACAUACAACCUUAUGGAUCUAGAAUAUCUGGACUUAAUGUAGAUGAUAGUGAUAUUGAUAUUCACAUAACUUGUAGCUCAAAGCGUCCAAUUAGAGAAAUGAUUCAGUCAAUUACAAAUGUUUUGCGUCAUCAAAAUACCUUUAUUAAAAUUAUUCCAUUAUACUUUACAAAAGUACCACUUAUUAAGUGUAUUCAUAGAAGUACUGGAGUUGACUGUGACUUAUCAUUUAACAAUAUCUAUGCUGUACAAAAUACAUAUUUGCUUAAACAAUACAUUACAUUAAACCAUUCUGUCAAGCCAGUUUUAAUUGGAUUAAAAUUAUGGGCUAAAAAGCAUGAUCUUAUCAAUACAUAUGGUUUUUCUAGCUAUUCAUUUUAUUGGCUAGGAUUAUUUUUUUUUCAAGUUAAGGGCAUGUUACCGACAGUCUAUGAUUUACAAAAAAAUAUACCAGAACUUAAAAUUGGCCAGUGGAAUUGUGCGUUUUCAAAAGAUACACAUCAAUUUAUUGAAAAUGAGAAAAUGGCGACCUCUACUCUAUUAGAUCAGAUUUACAAUUAUUAUUCAAACUUUGAAUACGAAAAUUUUGUUAUUUGCCCAUAUUUAGGAUGCUUAUUACCUAAAAGUAGUUUUGAAAAUGUUGAAGCUUUACCUGAAGAAUUAACAAAAUACAAACAGUUUCAUAAAGAAAACACAAAUCAACAAAAACUGCAGUUUUUGGGCAAGUCUAAGUUUAAUAUGUAUGUUCAAGAUCCAUUUCAACAUAAUUAUAAUAUUACAGCAAGAGUGACUCCCAAAAUAUUUUUAAAAUUUAUUGAUGUUUGUAAAAAGUCAAAACUGAUAGCUGAUGAUGAUGCUUGUACAAAAUCACAGAAUACUAAAGAUGAUGUACAAAAUGAUGAUGACACUUGUAAAAAAUUAAAACUCGGUGUUCAAGAAGAUGUCAUGAUGUUAAUGUAUAAAGAUGAAUAUCCAAUGUAUUUUACAUAAGUUGUAAAACAUGAAAAUAUUGCUCACAAUGAAUAAUUAAUAUAUUAUGUAUAUGUGAUCGUUAUAUAUUGGUUGUUCAUGGCAUUUUU